AUGUCAAACACGCAAUCUCAAGACACCAAGCAGCAGGAAGCUUCGCAACAGCCGCAACAACAAAAGCCUACCGUGCUUGAGGAAGACGAUGAGUUUGAGGACUUCCCUGUUGAUGGUGAGAGCUCCGCCCGUGUGUCUGACACAGAUCCCUCUUUCUCGUCCCUCAACUUCAUCUCCCCGCUCAAGAUGCACUGGCCGGAGAACGAGACCGAGCAAGCUACCGCAAACGGGAAUAACGUUCACUUGUGGGAAGAGAGCUGGGAUGACGAUGACGCCGCCGAGGACUUUUCGAAGCAGUUGAAGGAAGAACUCAAGAAAGUCGACGCCUCCUCUUCCUAA